AUGGAAGAACCGGACGGAACACGGAGGCCACCGUGCCGACUGCCGGAACGGCUUUUCGCAGUCGGGGAAGAACCCGCCGGCGUUAGGGUUACUCCUUACCAUAAAGCAGGCGCAAUCAGGGAAAUUCUUAAUGCCCUCGAUCCAGCGGAAGUCGACCACAUCAGAAGUUCUCCAUUCGGGCGAUUGAUAGAGAUCGCCGACAAACCAAGUUUCUCCGGGAGGUUUGGGAGAUAUAUACUCUCCAGACAGCUUAAAGUGUUUAAGAAACAUGAGGCUUGGUUCCUUUUUGCCGGAAAACCAAUUAGGUUUUCAAUCCGAGAGUUUGCUAUGGUAACGGGUCUCAACUGCAGCAAAUUCCCAAAACGGGGCAAAAAGAAGUCAAGAAAUUUCAUGGAAGAUAAACCAUAUUGGGGUGAACUCUUUGGAUCCCUCAGAGAGGUCCCAGUCUCAUCUGUUGUGAAGAUGUUGGCGAAGAAGACGGUUGUAGAUCGAGACAUCAGGCUUAAGUACGCAUAUCUCGCCUUAGUCUCUGCUGUGAUUCUCCCAACGACACACGCACCGCGUAUUUCGGUAGAGUACGCCGAGAUGAUAAAGGAUUUGGAUACAUUUCUAGCACACCCAUGGGGGAGGGUCUCAUUCGAGAUGUUAAUUAGCAGCAUCAAGGAGAGAAAGGAAGUGUCAUUGCUUCAGAACACGAUUGCUUUGAAGGGAUUUGUUUUAGCCCUGCAGCUUGUCAUUGUGGAAUGCGUGCCCGCGCUAACCGAAGUUGUGCAAGAUGGAAGUUCAUCUGGUUCGGACGGCGAAACCGGUGGUGAUGAUAAUACGUUAGAGAUGGAGAAAGGGGAGAGGAGAAAUAUCAGCCCUGGUCACGCCCGCGACACAGAUGCUGCCGGGAAGGCUAUUGUCGAGUCCAUACUGCUUGAUGCAAAUGGAGAGAUAACAGUACCUGAAGUUUAUCAAUGGUCAGACGAUGAAGACGACGGUGGCGUGUCUAAUAUGGUGGGGUUAAUAGAGCAGCGCUAUGGUUUCAGCAAUGACUGUUUUGUUGGUGGGGCAACAAUACAGGAUGUUAUAAAGAUGCGUGAAGAGUCAAAAGCUGAAAUUGUAAACCGCAAGAUAGCAAAAUCGAAGGCCGGGACAUCUUAUCAGGCACAAGAUGGGCUGGACACAGAUUUGUUGGCCUCCAUUGUGAGGGAAAAACUGAAGGACGACUUCCAGCUCUUACAUGGCAGCAUAUCAACCAUCCAGGAAUCAUCUAAUGGCUUCACUGAAACCAUCCUUGUCAACAUCAACGAGGUUUUUGGAAUGGUACAAGAUAAUGCCCGUGCUAUUAAAACCCUCUCAGAUCAAAUUAGUAAGUUCACUCCUACACCGGCGGUUGCUACUGUCGACUCGGUGCCUCCCCGGCCAAAAGUGGUUAAUGCGGGAACACAAACAAUUGACGAUUCCACAGACAUAAUAGGAAAAGCAAUCAACUUUGCUAACCGGUCAUCUGUCAUUUCUACUGAUCCUGCUAAUAAGAACUAUAUCCAGGAUGUUGAAAUGGGGUCCGAACCAAACACGGUUGCACAUGGAGUAACUACCGAUGGUUGCCAAGAAGGCGGGCAGGGAGAGCAGAACACAUCUGAAGAUGAGCAGUUACAUCCUCCACAGACAGCCACAGUAGCUGAAUCGCUGCAGCCUCUUGAUCCAGCCUUGGUAUUUCCCAACCCCACAUUCUCGCUUGGCCUUACCCAGGAGGCAGUUCUGGUUAAAAAUCCGAACUCCAAUGUCAACGUUGAGACUGACCAGCAAGUUUCCGAAGAAGACAACCACGUUGAUGCAAACAUACCAGAAGCAGAUGGGUGUAGGAAAAGCAAGAGGCACAAGGUACUAACAAAGUCGCUCAUGGCUGAGUACCAGUGUGACAAAGGAUUUCUGAACCGUGCGAGAAAGGCAGUGGCUGAUGCAAUAUACAAGGGAGGGGACAUUGAUUACUCGGCUAAAUUUGGAGCUUUGAUGGAGAAGAUGAAGAAACCGUUUGAUCUAACUACUGCGAAGGGAACUCUUCAGAGCACCGAACUGAAGGAGGUCAUUGAGAGAGCAACCCAACUAUCGACUAAGGUGGUGGAUGUCCUAAUGUUCCACACUAGUUCAUUGUUCCGGUCCGGAUCAUCUCUUAACUAUCUAGCGGGGCCAGUAUUCAUGGACACACAGUUCGUCUCCCAGUUCACCAAAUUAUACAGCAAGUUCUCAAAGUCGUCGAAAAAAGAUAACUACAAGUUUAGUGGGGAGGUUACUGAGAUGUUUAUGCAGCUUCCGGCUUACGCUGAUGCCGACCGUUUCUAUUUCCCAUUCUGCCUUGAUAAAACUUACUGGGUUGGCAUCUGCGUUGAUUGUGGGACAUGGAGCGUGACUGUCUUUGACUGCAACAUCUCGAUUAGGACUGACUACAUGAUGAACAAAGAAGUUAGACCUCUAGCAUUGAUGUUUCCUUAUUUGCUGAAGCAGCGGCAUCGUUUAGAGGAUAAGGAAACACGCGUUGGGUAUUAUAAUGGAAAUGGGACCUGGAAUUCCGCGUCGGUGCCCGUGUGGAGCCCUGACAGUUGUUCUGACAUCAAAAACCAAGAAAACCCUGGUCGGAGAUUCUACAGGUGUGGGGUUGUGUUUGGUGAAAACCACCUGUUUAAGUGGGCCGAUGAAGCUCUUGUGGAGGAGAUAGAAGCAUUGGCAGAAAAGCAGACAGCCAUAGCAAUUGCCUCAUCGAAAUGA